GACGGGUCCUCAUAAAGCUAGUAGCACUGUAUCUCCCGAGGUCAUUGCUCCACUGGGCAGUGGAUUCGACAACCUUAACAGUCGUUACCUUUUUCUAUGAUCGCAGCUGCUACACAAACAUGCCGUACUGUUCCAUCCUCCCUGCUGCUACGUACGCCGUUGCCCUCUGUAGGAAGCACCUUAUAGCACUACUGCCAGUAACAUAGUUCUAAAAACCCCCCGCACGACAUCUCUAAGCACCGCCCAUUGUUCCAUGAACGCAUCGAAACACAGACAGUAUCCAUUCGCUCUCAUCUCCGCAACAUAGUCAUGUUUGCAAAAAUCACCCUCUUCUUGCUGCUCUUCUCCACCCUACUAUUCGCGAAGACUCUUCCACCCUCCGAACGGAUUGACUCAUCCCGCAAACACACUAGCUGCCACAGUCAACACAGUCGCAUCAAUGCAAUGAUCACCUUCAACCGCAAAGACCUAUUCGAGUUUGACUUUGCCGUCAUCACCAAGUACCGAACAUUCUAUCCUGAUAUCCUCAGAUACGCUUUACAGGUCGAGGCCUGGCAAAUCUCCCGGCUCGGCAAGGACACUGAGUGUGGCUGGCACAAAGCACGUUCGAGCUCCCCCAACAACUCCAGCAUUACUUCGCAGUGGAAAGCGGUCGCGGACGAUCAUAUCCCGCCGGUAAAAGGUCAACUCCCCAGCAACGAGACCGUGGACUCGAUCAGCCGUAUACUAGAGCGUAACCAACCUGCUGGAGACGUGUAUGAGCUCAGCACCAUUAUUCUCGGCUACUCAUCUGGCUUCCUGGCGUUCCUCCUGCUGCUGGUUUUAGUCCAUCACUGCGCGAAGGACAGUGACCAGCCAAUGUUGGACACCACCAAAGACGUGGAGAAUGUUGAACUGAGUUCGAUCACAUCGCAAUGCAUCACCGAUUUCAUCUCGGCCCAUCGAGAGACUACACCCGCUGGAGUCCUAAAGGCCAUACAUACCAGCACUCAUGAGCGUUCCAUGUCGUCAAUGAACACCAUCCGUUCAGAGCCUCUACCGCUGUACUCUGUCGAUCAAGCCGACCGCUAA